UUGCUUUACGACGCCGCCGCACGACAGUUCCCGGGCUGGGCUGCACCCCUCAAGAUGGCGUCGGGCAGCGGGACAAGAACUUGGAUUUCCGGAGGAAGUGGGACAAGGAUGAGUAUGAGAAGCUGGCAGAGAAACGCCUCACGGAGGAGAGAGAAAAGAAAAGAUGGCAAACCAGCUCAGCCUGUCAAGAGGGAACUUCUGCGGCACCGGGACUACAAAGUGGACCUGGAAUCCAAGCUGGGCAAAACCAUUGUCAUCACCAAAACCACCCCUCAGUCUGAGAUGGGAGGGUAUUACUGCAUGUGUGACUGUGUAGUCAAGGACUCCAUCAACUUCCUGGAUCACAUCAAUGGCAAAAAACACCAGAGAAAUCUGGGAAUGUCCAUGCGGGUGGAACGCUCCACGCUGGACCAGGUGAAGAAACGUUUUGAGGUGAACAAGAAGAAGAUGGAGGAGAAGCAGAAGGAUUAUGACUUUGAGGAGAGGAUGAAGGAGCUCCGUGAGGAGGAGGAGAAGGCCAAAGCCUACAAGAAGGAGAAGCAGAGGGAGAAGAAAAGGAGGGCAGAGGAAGAUCUGACAUUUGAGGAGGAUGAUGAAAUGGCAGCUGUGAUGGGAUUCUCUGGGUUUGGCUCAACCAAAAAGAAUCACUGAGCAGUUCUGGACUCUCCUCUUUCCUGAACCAGAUUUGUUUUUACCCAGGGGACUCUGGAUAGCUCUUAAAAGACUUGAUUGAGGACUUGUAUGUAAAUCUCCCAGUAGAAGUUGGCUGGAGGAGUUGAAAAAGCAAUUCCUUGCUCUACCUGUGCUGCAGAACAAGCCCUGCCUGUCAUUAGCUCCCCAUCUCCUCCUGUGUCCUAGAUCUGGCUGCUCAGCACUGCUCCCUGGCCACCUGCCUUUCUGUGUCAGUAAAAGUGCAGCAGUUCUGCACACUUGGCCUGGUUCAGGAUCCAUUGAGUUGUCAACCUGUGCCAGGGUUCCUCCCUGUGCUGGUCCUCACCCGGGUUGUGCAUUUGGAGGAGAUUCCCUUUCUUUUUGUUUGGGUUUUUUGGAUCAUGUUGCCCGGAGUCGAGCGGUACAACUCGUGCUUGGGGCUGUGUGGAGCCCGGGCCACCCAACCUUUCCUUUGUGUUUUCUCUCCAAGGGAUGUUGUCCUGCUUCUCUUUGUGUUUUGUCCCAUCAUUUUGGUAUCUUUAAGGCUGGGGAGAAAUUCCUCCCCACGGCUGCUCCUAGGACAGAGCAGAUGAAAGGAAGGUGUGUGCAGCUUGCUGGAAAUAAAUGGAUUGUUUUAAUGA